AGAAAUCUUCUAGCUGCAUGGUCUCCUGCCUUCACGAUCAUGGAGUUGUUGAAGUUGAAGUGCCAAUCAACAUUGCGCUGAUCAAGUAUUGGGGCAAAAGAGAUGAGGAACUCAUGCUUCCCGUCAAUAGCUCCAUGUCGCUGAAUAUCAACGCCCUUGUCGCACAUACAAUGGUGCGAUGCUCUUGCGAAAUCACGGACUCAGUCACUAUCAACGGAUUGAAGGUGGAUUUGGAUAGAAGCAGAAGAUUUCGGCGCUGUUUCGACUUUGCUCGUGAUCUCAUAGGAAAACGGAAGAAUGAGGGGCAUGUGAAACAAGAUGAGCAAAAUCUUGGGUUUGAGAUCUCGUCAAGCACAAACUUUCCCGUUGCAGCCGGAUUAGCGUCUUCUGCCGCAGGAUUUGCUGCAAUUGCGAUUGGCAUUGGCCGGUUAUUCGAUUUCUCAAUCACAGAAGUUUCAACUUUAGCUAGACUGGGAUCUGGAAGUGCGUGCCGUAGUGUUUUUGGUGGAUUGGUGGAGUGGUGCGCUGGUAUUGAUCCAUCCGGGUGCGACUGCAUCACCAAGCAAGUUUUUCCCGAAUCAUGGUGGCCCGAACUGCGUGCUGUUAUAUUGAUACUUGACGAUGCUGAAAAAGAAGUUGGUAGCAGCAUCGGAAUGCGUAGAACAAUGGAAACAAGCGAGUUAUUGAAGCACCGCGCGGAAAAUGUUGUACCGGGUCGAAUCAAAAGGCUAACAACAGCAUUCAAAACCCGCAACUUCGAUGAAUUUGCUCGUAUCACCAUGGCAGAUAGCGAUCAAUUACAUGCAGUUUGUUUGGACUCUUUUCCUCCGCUCCGUUACAUGUCCGAUGCUUCGUGGUCUGUGGUACGAUCCAUCAACGAAUUCAAUUCUGCUGGUAUUCGCGCGGCUUAUUCGUUUGAUGCGGGUCCCAAUGCUUGUAUUUUUGUGGAAGAAGCCAAUAUUACCGAUUUACUGAAUCACAUAUCCCGACAUCUACAAUUACCUGAGAAUGUCCGUCCUCUUCUCAAAGGUUGUGGAGAUGGAUCUGUUGAAGUUCCACAUCCUAAUACGUCUUUUGUUAUUAGAGAGGUGAUUAUAAGCGAAGUGGGCGGGGCACCUAAGAUUCUUAGCUGACUUUUGUUGUUGUUUUUGUUAUUGUUUUGUUUACUGAUUGCUUGAGCUGUACACUUCACUUUGAGGUUGACGUGCAAUAAUUUUGGAUAGUUGCUGUUUUUUCGUGAAUAA